ACAACACAAAACAAGAAAUUGCUCAGUUAGAAGUCAUUUUUAGGAUAAUUAAGCAAUCUCUCAUAAUUCUCUACGCACCUUUAGAGAAGAACAAAUAGUUCUGAAGUAGAAUAAAUAUUUUGAUUCAUGUUGUCCAAGGCUCAUUUGUUGCUCUUUCUCCUUAUCAAAGUGGUUUCCUCUUCUGAUAAUGGUUUCACAUUUUACAAAAGCUUCAAACUAGUUGGAGAAGCAGAAAUUGCACCUGAUGGUCUCUUCAAGCACAUCAAUGAAACAUCAUGGGGAAUAAUCCACACUUUCUACUCCCUUCCGUUCGGCUUCAAGAAUUCGUUAACUGGUAAUGCUCUCUCUUUCUCCACUAUGUUUGUAUUUGAAAUUGUCCCUGAAAUUCAGGAUCGCAUAGGACUCGGAAUGGGUUUUGUCAUUGCUCCCUCCAAAGAGAUCCCUGGAGCUGGAGAUUCCCAACAUCUUGGGUUAGUCAAUCUUACAAAUGAUGGACAACCAUCUAAUCACAUGGUCUCCAUCAGGUUUGACACAUCUAAAGAAAAAGAAUUUGGGGAUAUCAAUGAUAACCAUGUUGGGAUUAAUAUUAACAGCAUAAGAUCAAUCAAAUCGGCUCCUGCAGGCUAUUUUAAAAAUGAAAAUGGUGAAUUUAAAAACCUCAGCCUUACAAGUGGGGAGCCAAUACAAGCUUGGGUGGAAUAUGAUGGUAUUGUGAAACAACUUAAUGUCACUUUGUCACCCAUAAACAUAAACAAACCAAAUCUUCCACUAUUGUCCUUGAAAAUUGAUCUAUCACCAAUCUUUUUAGACCAAAUGUAUGUGGGGUUUUCUUCAUCUAUUGUUGUAAAUCAACAGUCUCAUUAUGUUCUGGGUUGGAGUUUUCAGUUGAAUGGGAAAGCUGAGGAACUUGAUCUUUCCAAACUUCGGUCUCUUUCACAUGAAAAAAAAUCCAUAAAGACACAGAUUACUCUGGCUAUUGGAUUGUCCUUAAUGGGUAUAAUUUUGGCAACAACAAUAAUUUUUAUCAUUUUUUUCUGGUUGAAAAGAAAGGCAAAAUACUCCGAAAUACUGGAAGAUUGGGAGGUUCAGUAUGGGCCACACAGGUUUCAAUACAAAGAUCUAUUUCUAGCCACCGAAGGUUUCAAAGAUACAGAACUUCUUGGAAGAGGAGGUUUUGGUGAAGUCUAUAAAGGCGCCCUACCAAUGUCCAAUGUUCAAAUUGCUGUGAAGAGAAUUUCACACAAUGCAAGACAAGGAAUGAAGGAAUUUGUUGCAGAAAUUGCCACCAUUGGGAGAGUGCGGCACCCCAAUUUGGUAAGACUGCUUGGUUAUUGUCGACGAAAAUGUGAGCUCUAUUUGAUCUAUGAUUUGAUGACAAAUACUAGUCUCGACAAAUUUAUCUUUAAUGAGACAAAUGCCAUGCUUAAAUGGAAUCAAAGAUUUAAAAUCAUCAAAGACAUAGCUUCAGGACUUGCUUACUUGCACGAAGAAUGGGUGGAAGUUAUUGUUCACAGAGAUAUCAAGGCAAGCAAUGUGCUACUGGAUGAUGAACUAAAUGGAAAAUUGGGCGAAUUUGGACUGGCAAGGUGUAACAAUCAUGGAAAGGAUCCUCAAACAACUCACUUAGCUGGCACAUUGGGCUACAUUGCUCCUGAACUUGCAAGAAAUGGCAAGGCAACAACAAGCAGCGAUGUUUUCGCAUUUGGCGCAUUUUGCUUGGAGGUUGCUUGUGGUAGGAGACCAGUGGAGCAUCGAGCACCAUAUGAAGAGGUAAUUCUGGUGGACUGGGUAUUGGAAUGUUGGAGAAAUGGGGAAAUUUUGAAAGUGGCAGAUUCCAAACUGAAAGGUGAUUUCAAGGUGGAUGAGUUAGAAUUAAUUCUGAAGCUUGGACUGCUUUGUUCACACCCUGCGGCAGCAAUUAGGCCAAGCAUGUCUCAAGUUCUGCAGUACUUGAACGGCCAUGCUUUGAUUCCUGAAAAGUUGGAUUCUCAUUGGACAGAGGAUCAUUUUGGAGGUACUUCCCAGUCAAAUGACUCUAAACCUUCAUUAACGAUCACUGAAUUGUUCAUUGUUACUGGCCGUUGAUUGUAUAAAAGAAAUUUCUUAGAAGCUGUACUUUGUAGAUAAAUAGUUAAAUCCUGAUGAUCAUCUAUGU